UGUGUCCCGACAGAGAAGAUGCAGCUCCGCAUCGGAUUCGUUCUGCUCUGUCUAGUGUUAAUGUUUGUCGGAAGCCACUGCACCACGGAAGCAACUACUCGAAAAACACGCUCAGGAUAUCGCAAACUAGAUCGAAGAGAGAUCGAAGAGGAAGAGCUACGUGUCUUGGCUCAAUUCGCAGCGAGCACACUCGCAAAAGCCGAGAAAAAACCGUAUCAUGACACCGUGCUCAACAUCACCGAAGCUCAUCAGCAAACCGUGGCCGGAUGGAAUACCAAGAUGAGACUGUUGAUGACCGAGACCGGCUGCCCGAUCCGCAGUCGAUUCGAUGCCGCUCACUGCCCCCCGAAAAACGGUACCAUACCGCGCAGCUGCGACGUCGUAGUUUAUGAACGCCCAUGGGAGCACAUCAAGGAGCUGACUUCGUAUUACUGUCACGAGCAACAAUCAUCCAACUCUACAACAGUCUAGUUUCUCAAUUGAAUUUACUCUUGUGUCAGUUUCAAUCUCUAGCGAGGUACCUCUACAGAUGGCAUUCAAUAAUCUCUGCUAGCCAUGAAGGUUACAAACAGUGAUACAAAACUAGCAGCACCACUUAAAAGUUCCGCCCAACCGUCCAGCCUACAGCUCAUGUCGGCGACAACUUUUUCUCAUUCCAUGACGAUGAAGUUGAUGGCAGCUCUCUUCUCACCAAGAGUUUCUUCUUCUACAUGUGAAUGUUCGUAGGUACACGGAUUACAGAUACGAGACGGAGCAUUCGGACUACAUCACGCGUAGCAGACAUAUCAAUCCCUUUCCCUUUGGGUAUUUCUUCAUGAUUGAGGGUGGAGGGAACGUAAUUCGUCAAUCGCCACCGUCAAAUCAAGGCAGCUCUAUUUAUUCCUAUUUCUACAAAUAUAAUAACAUCGAGAUGAUAGUAAUCUACUUCGAAGAUGUUGGCUCUUUUCGAUGUGCAAAGACCACGGAGCAGAUGCGACAUCUGCUAUGAAGAGGAGUCGAUGUCGACUCAGAUAAGAGGAAACUGGAGAAAUAAAUUCAUCGGCGAUGAGGACCCUCA